CAGAAGCACAGGAGCAGCACCAAGUACCCAGGCCUUUCUCGGCUCUGCUGACACUCGAGCCCAGACUCCACUGACUCUCAGCAUCAUGAAGGUCUCCAUGGCUGUGCUCGCUGCCCUCCUGUGCACCAUGACCCUCUGCCACCAGGUCUUCUCUGCACCACUUGGUGCUGACACACCGACAGCCUGCUGCUUCACCUAUGUGUCCAAGAAAAUUCCACGCCAGUUCAUAGCUGACUGUUAUGAGACCAGCAGCCAGUGCUCCCAGCCAGGUGUCAUCUUCAUAACCAAGAGAGGCCGGGAGGUCUGUGCAAACCCGAGUGAGGCCUGGGUCCAAGAAUACAUGAAUGAUCUGGAGCUUAAUGCUUAAGUGGCCUGGAAACAGUCAUGGACCCACAGAACAUGACUGGGAGGAGCAAGGAUCUCACCUUGGAAGC